AUGACUAACGAAAAUUCUCUGUUAAUAAUUGAUGGUUACGGUUUUAUAUUCAGAGCAUAUCAUGUUCAACCGCCUUUAAACUCGCCACAAGGAGUACCUAUUGGAGCAGUGUAUGGCUUUACUUCCAUGCUGUUAAAAAUAUUAAAUGAUUUUAAACCUAAGUAUGCGGUAGUAGUUUUUGAUUGUGGAGGCAAGAAUUUUCGGCAUAAAAUUUAUGAGCCAUAUAAAGCACAUAGACCUACUCCUACGCAGGAUUUAAUUGAUCAAUUGCCUCUGGUGCGUCUAGCAGCAGCGAGCUUAAAUUUUACUAUAAUUGAGAAAGAAGGGUAUGAAGCAGAUGAUAUCAUUGCAACUUUAGCUUAUAAGGCUACUGCUGCUUCUAAAGAUACUAUCAUUAUUUCGUCAGAUAAAGAUUUAAUGCAGUUAAUUAAUCUUCAUACUAAAAUGUAUGAUCCUAUGAAAGGAAAAUAUAUCUCCGAGAAAGCAGUAGUAGAAAAAUUUGGGGUUGAGCCUAACAAGCUAAGAGAAGUGAUGGCGUUAAUUGGGGACAAAUCAGAUAAUAUUCCAGUAGCCCCUGGCAUUGGCCCUAAGACUGCCGCUUUCCUUAUAAAACAAUUUGGUUCUGUAGAAGCAGUUUUAAGAUCCUUGAAUCAAAUAACUAAUACUCGUCAAAGGGAAAUUUUAACGCAUUCCCAAGAAUUGAUUUUACUAUCAUGGCAACUAGUAGGCUUAGAACACAAUGUUGAUAUAGAAUUUAAUCUUAAUCAAUUUUCUUGGACCUCUCCUAGCAGUGCAAAAAUCUCUAAUUUUUUAAUCGAAUAUGGCUUUAAAUCCUUAUAUCAAAGAGUAGAAAACUUAUUUCAAAUACAAAUCCCUAAAGUAGCUUUAUAUACAGCUAAUGAAGAAAUAAAAUUUGAAAUUCAGGAAAUUCUCCUACCAGAGGAAUUGGAUGAUAUGUUGACUGAAGCUGCAAGAGUUGGGGUUAUAGGUAUUUAUUUAUCAACUCACCAAACACACCAACCUUCAUACCUAUUAUUGUCGAUUGCUAAUAAAUGCUAUCAACUUAAAUUUGCCUCAACACAAAACAGCAAGAUGCCUGAGUCACACUCCGAUAAUUUAAAUAAUUCCCCUCAAUGGUUUAUGGCUGCUAUAAUUAAUUUAUUAAAAGAUAAAUCCAUUAAAAAAAUUACUUAUAGAUUAAAAACAUUGUUAAAAUUCUUUCAUAAUAUUUCAGAACAAAUCGCCUCAGUGGAAGAUUUAGAAUUAAUGCAAUACACAAUAUCUGCAGGUAAGCCACAAAAAGAUUUAUUAGACGAACCAAAAACAGCGGGAUUAGAAAAUACAAUAGCAAAAAUUGUAGGUAAUUUUAGUGGACAUUACCAAAAAUUAUUGCUGGAGCUAAAAGAUAACCGUGCAUUAGCUCUAUAUAAAGAGAUUGAUUUACCUUUAUGUUAUCUACUCGAUAAAAUGGAAAAAAUAGGGAUUAAGUUAGAGGCCAGCUAUCUUCAAAAAUUAUCCAAUGAGUUUGGUAGUGAAAUUGCUAAUCUAGAACAAGAAAUUUUUGCUAUUACAGCUACUCAAUUCAAUAUUGCUUCCCCCAAACAAUUAGGUGAAGUAUUAUUCGAAAAGAUGCAAUUACCGUUUGGUAAAUUAUCGCCUAAAACAAAAUCAUAUUCUACCGGUGUAGAAAUUUUAGAAAAGCUUAGUGAUACAGGCUUUAAGGUAGCUGAUUUAUUGCUCAGGUGGCGACAGCUAACCAAAUUAAAAAAUACUUAUACUGACAGCUUGCCUCUACAAGUAAAUCCAACUAGCGGCAGGAUACAUACAACAUUUUUACAAACUUCUACUACUACGGGUAGAUUGAGUUCACAAGAUCCUAAUUUGCAGAAUGUUCCCAUUCGCUCUCUUGAAGGGAAUAAUAUUAGAAAAGCUUUUAUUGCAGAAGCGGGGCAUAAAUUAAUCUCAGCAGAUUAUUCACAGAUAGAGCUUCGCAUUUUAAGCGAUAUAGCAAACAUUCCGUCAUUAAAGCAAGCUUUUAUUGAAGGCAGAGAUAUUCAUAGUAAAACAGCGUGUAAUAUAUUUAAAGUAGCAGAGGAGGAUUUAACAGCUGAGCAUCGACGUAAAGCAAAAGCAAUAAAUUUUGGGAUUAUUUAUGGUAUUAGUGCUUUUGGAUUAGCAAAACAGUUAAGUAUUACAGGCACCCAAGCUACCGAAUAUAUUAAAAAAUAUUUUCACGAAUACCCAGAAAUUCAAAAAUAUAUGGAAUAUACCAAAAACUAUGCCAAGGAACAUGGAUAUGUUAUGAACCUUUUUGGGCGGAAAUGUUUUGUUCCUUUAAUAUCAGAAAAAAAUUAUACGCUACAGCAAAUUGCAGAAAGAGCAGCAAUUAAUGCCCCAAUUCAAGGCACCAAUGCUGAUAUAAUCAAAAUUGCUAUGAUUGAGUUAAAUCACGACCUAAAACAACUACAAUUAAAAACUAAAUUAAUUCUGCAAAUUCAUGAUGAAUUACUGUUUGAGGCGCCUAUUAAUGAAAUAGAAAUAGUUACGAAAGUUAUUAAAAGCACUAUGGAAAAGGUACCCAGGUUAACUAUUCCAAUUAUUGUAGAGAUUAAAAUAGGCAAUAAUUGGUUUGAUAUGCAUUAG